AUGUCAGACUGGGAGGAUGACUGCUGGAAUGGCGCUGUGAUUGCUCAGGUCAAGCCUAAAACAGAACUUGCUUUAUGGGAUAACCCUGGCAAAAGUUGGGAGAGAGACAAUGUCUCAUUUGGUGGAAAAGGUGGCAGAAGAUUUGCGAGCGAAGAUGGCCCCCAGGAGCGGAGCUGGAGGAGCGAGAGGCCUCCCAGCCGCGGCCGGGAUUACGGAGCUCCUUCCUGGCGGCCUGGACCUGACGGCGGCAGCUCAACAGCCGUGACCAUUUUUGUGGAACAGGGCUUGGUCGGUAGAGUCAUUGGACGAGGAGGAAGUAAAAUCCGUGAACUUGAGGAAACCUCGGGUGCUAGAAUUAAGAUUAAUAAAGGAGAGAGUGAAGGUGAAGUUUCCAUUUUUGGUACACCCUCUGCCCAGCAAAAAGCCAAGGAAAUGAUCGAAGAGCUUGUGUCCAAUGGCCAGACAUACAUACGGAAUGGAAAUGACUAUGGUGGUGGUGGUAGUCGUGGUGGGGAAGGAGGUGGCUCCGUUUGGUCAAAUUCCCAGGUGGAAUCUGCUGGUGUGGCCCCAGUUGAACCACAGAUUGACUGGAACUCCAUAAGAGAAAACAAGGACAAGUUUGAGGAACUCAAGUGGCAGGGUCUUCCACCACUGAAAAAAAACUUCUAUAAGGAGUCUAAAUGUGUGUCCAUGUUGACAGCUGAAGAGGUCAGCGAGUGGAGGCAAGCAAACAAUAAUGUAUUUGUAGAUGACCUAAAGGAUGAAGGAGAAAAACGUCAAAUUCCUAAUCCCUGUCGCACUUUCCUGGAGGCUUUUGAGGAUUACCCAUUGUGUAUGGAAAACAUUGAGCGGGUUGGCUUUGUUAAGCCUACGCCUAUACAGUCCCAAGCAUGGCCUGUGCUGCUGUCAGGAGAGGACCUCAUAGCCAUUGCACAGACGGGAACUGGCAAAACACUGGCAUACCUGCUGCCUGGCUUCAUUCAUAUGGAUGGACAGACCGUUUCCAAAAGUGAGCGAGGUGGCCCAGGUAUGCUGGUUUUGACUCCCACCAGAGAGUUGGCUUUACAGAUUGAGGCAGAGUGUGGCAAAUACCAAUACAAGGACUACAAAAGUGUCUGCAUUUAUGGAGGAGGGGACAGACGGGGUCAGAUCAACCUGGUCAGAGGCGGAGUGGAUAUUGUGAUAGCGACGCCAGGCAGACUCAAUGAUCUACAGAUGAACGAACUCAUCAACCUACGUUCCAUCACCUACUUGGUCCUUGAUGAAGCAGACAGAAUGUUGGACAUGGGCUUUGAACCGCAGAUAAUGAAGAUUAUUCUUGACAUCAGACCAGAUCGUCAAACUGUUAUGACAAGUGCCACCUGGCCCACUGGAGUUCGGCGACUUGCCAAAUCUUAUUUGAAGAACCCCAUGAUGGUUUAUGUGGGCACGUUGGACUUGGCAGCAGUCAACACUGUGGAGCAAAACAUUGUGAUUUUGGCUGAAGAUGAGAAAAAGGCGUUUUUGUUUGAGUUUAUCAGAAGUAUGAAGCCAGAGGAUAAAGCCAUUAUUUUUGUUGGAAAGAAAAUUAUGGCGGACGAUCUGUCGAGUGACAUGUGCCUGAAGGGUCUUGCAGUUCAGAGUCUCCAUGGUGACCGUGAGCAGUGCGACAGGGAAGAAGCACUCAAGGAUUUUAAAAACAGCAGAGUCCGUAUCCUCGUGGCCACUGACCUUGCAUCUAGAGGGUUAGAUGUUGUCGACAUCACACAUGUCUUCAACUUUGAUUUUCCCCGAAAUAUAGAGGAAUAUGUUCAUCGUGUUGGUCGCACAGGACGAGCUGGACGGUCAGGUACGGCCAUUACUUUGGUCACAAGAGACAACUGGAGAAUGGCCCCAGAGUUGAUUCACAUUCUGGAGCGAGCUGGACAGGAGGUUCCUACAGAGUUGGUGCUGAUGGCAGAAAGGUACGAAAAGCACAAACGAGAGAGGGACAUGUUUCCACGAGAAACACGUGGUGGAGGAGGAGGAGGAGGAGGAGGAAGAGGAGGAGGAGGCUUUAGAGACGGCGGGAGAAGUCGCAGAGAUCGGGACCAAAACUGGGCAUUCUAA